AUGGCAAACGAGUUCACCUGUCCGGCCGGUGGUGAAUGGUAUGCUUGCCCAUCAGGUACUGGAUCGUCCAAAUUUGUAGGAUGUUGCGCGGGCACGGCAGAUCCAUGCUCGACAGGAUGUGCUCAGGGAAACAUUCGACCAGCGGCCUUUCCUGCAGCAAACUAUGGGAAGUUUCCUGACGCGACCUGUGGUACCAACAGCGACUUCUUCACCUGCGCUCCAGGUGGUAACAACACUUUCUGGGGAUGUUGCAAAUCAGUUCCAUGCGCCGUCAGCCCCCCAGCAUGCCUUGCUGGCGAUUUGGUACCGGCUUUCUUGGAUCAACCCGCGCAAAUCAAUUUCUAUGCAGCUGGCCAAGGUGAAACGUCACCUAGCACGAGUGCUGAGGGAGGCGGUGUAUCGAAAGGCGUCAUCAUUGGUGGUGCAGUUGGUGGUGCAGUUGUCGUCUUGAUCGGUCUUGUUUUAUUUUUCGUCUUCCGCCGCAGGAGACGAAGUCAACGAACCGCACGAGGUGAAACUGUGGAAGUUGCCAGCCCCAUGAUAGACGGCGGGAAAGCAUUUGGCCCUCACUCGCCUCAAUUUGUUGCCCAGUCACCGCCACCAACAUAUUCUGCCACCAACGGAGAAUACUAUCAAAGCAUAGCGCCGACAGGAAAAGUCAACACUUACGCCCAGAACUCUUACUCGCAAGGGCAAUGGGCUCACAUUCAAGACGUCCCUCAGGAGAUGGAAGCAGACGUUGGCCCUUCCAACAGAUACUCGGAGCUUCCUGCUGACGAUUCAAGAUCCGAGACCCAUCAUAGGUACUCAGAGCUGUCUACUGGACCGAGCUGUCGAGUUUCACCACAUCACACACCGAAGAGCUCUCAGACAGAGAAUGCAAUUGAGCCUAAAGCUCAGGGGUUAGGCGUAGUCACCGAGGAUACACGGUCAUGA